GUCUUUUUUUCCAACGCCUGAAGCAACCUUAGCCGCCUUCGUCGUUCGCAUCUUGAUUAACAUCUGGAUGGUCAACGUCAUUUUUCGAAUUUCACAUUUGAACAAUCCCGAUCCUUAAUAUCAAUAACCACACAUUUUGCUUUCUAUUCUUAAGUCACUUAUUCACUGACCCUUCGGCGCAACUUCAUACCUCGAAGGGAUAUCCAGUACUGAGAACAAGUCAACCAUCCCGUGAGAUUGCAAUACCGCUCAAUAUAACUCAGACACCAUACAACCUCCUUCGGGACACCGAUCUUCCGUCUACAUUAGAACUCAGAACCCUUUUCAGGCGUGACGUCUGGCGUGAGACUGCUACGUCAGUCAAGCCCUGAAGGUACGUGUCUGGCUAAUUUGCAUACGGCGCAUCACAUCCAUCGUCUCUAUUCGAACUCUCCAUUCAUCAUGUCCUUUCCGCCACCUCCAGGUCUGAAGCAAACACCGUCUUCGCUGCCACCGCGGCCACCAAACACAGCAUCUCCUUCCCCUGCAUCGUUUCAGCCCGCAUACUCGGCUGCGCCAUCGUAUUCGUCCGCAGGGACCAGCAAUGGAUAUGGCGGCAGCGGGCCUCGGACAGGCUACAAUGCUUUCACAGCAUUCGCGCCGCGCUCCGUAGCUUCUAGUCAACCCUACCGUACCAGCAGCCCCGUCGUAUCCGCUCCGCCAGCCACCUCAGCCGGAUACUCGACUCCCACUACGGCAGGCUACGGUAGCUACUAUUCCCAACCACAACAAACCUACCAAAGCGGAGCCUCAUACUAUGGCUCUGCCCAGUAUAAUGAAAACACAUAUGGUCCGUCCGUGCCUCGGAUUCAGAAUCCCUUUCCCGCUGCGGGAGCUGACCAAGCAAACAAUUAUGGUAUGCACGGGAGGAACUAUGGGCGCAAUGAGUCUGGUUUAGAUCCGGAGACAGAAGCACAGAUCGCACAAUGGCAAAGUGCCUAUGCGAACAGAGACGAAGCACAGGCGACGAGCAAGGUUCCUGGCCGCCGAGAUGGAUACGCGGUAUCCGGCACCGGCUCCGGUGUCAAUACACCCUCCGGCACCGCUACGGCAGCCACCACCCCGGCGCCCGUUGUAGGCCAAGCCGAGCCGCAGAAGACCGUUGCCCGGGCUGGUGGUGGCCAGACCUGGACCGACUCGACUCUUCUAGAAUGGGACCCCGCACAUUUCCGUCUUUUCGUAGGAAACCUUGCCGGCGAAGUCACGGACGACUCACUGUUGAAGGCGUUUGUGAAAUACACUUCCGUCCAGAAAGCGCGUGUCAUCCGCGACAAGCGCACUCAGAAGAGCAAAGGAUAUGGUUUCGUCAGUUUCAGCGAUGGAGAUGACUAUUUCAAAGCCGCGAGGGAAAUGCAAGGGAAGUAUAUUGGAUCCCACCCUGUCCUGCUCCGUCGCGCCACUACUGAGGUCCGUCCGGUGGCUAACUCAAAGAACGGGAAGAAGCACGGCGGUGGGGGUGGCUCGGCAGGCGGCCACGGCGGAGGCAAGGUCAAGCAAGAUGGAAUCAGAAAGCCUGGAAAGACCAAGGGCGGGCUGAAAAUCAUCGGAUAGUUAGACUGUAUAUGUAUGCUGAGCGUUGCUAAAAUAAAAUAUAAUGAUACACAUUUGAGUUCUUUAUAUCUACGACAACUCCUGAAAAUCGACACCUAGCAUCAAAU